CUCUUUCCUUCUCAAAAGAAAACAUGGUAACGAGUGUAGAUCAUGAUCAAAAUUCCGGUUCCAUGGGGGAAAGUCAAUUAUGGGGUGAUCUCACAAAUUUAGAUAACAUUGGUGGGAGUAGCAAAAGAAACUUAGAUAUGAAUUCGUUGAAUCGAAAUGAAGUAAUUAAUGAAGGAGGGGUAGUGCUUGUGAAUGGAAAACCAAGUCGAGGUGGGCUUGUGAUUAAAAGGGGAAAAAAUAUUAAAAAUGGAAAAGGUAAAGGUGGAAAAUAUCGUGAUUCUCAUCAUGAAAUGCACAUAUGGAAUGAGAGAGAAAGGAGAAAGAAAAUAAGGAACAUGUUUGCUAGCCUUCAUGCUUUGCUUCCAGAUCUGCCCUCUAAGGUUGAUAAGUCAACCUUUGUGGAUGCAGCAGUGAAAGAAAUAAAAAAUUUACAACAGAUUCUUGAAAAUCUAGAAAAGAAGAAGAAAGACAAGCUUAGAUCUAUGUCCCCAUUUGUGAGUGAGUCUUCAUUUGUGAUGAACUCCCAAUUGAAUUCAUAUGAAUCAACGAAAACUAUCAUAAUUGAUCAGGGGUCCUAUAGUUAUAAUAAUAAAUUUCCGAUUAGUGUAAAUGAAACUUCAAAUACGUUAUCGCUUUAUGCACCUCCACCGAAACAAGUAGCUUUUCAAACUUGGUCUUCUAAAAAAUUUGUAUUGAACAUUUGUGGGGGCGAAGCACAAUUCUGCAUAUGUGCAACUAAGAAGCAGGGGGUCUUGACAAAAAUUGCUUUUGUGUUGGAGAAACAUAUGAUUGAUGUUGUAUCUAUCAACAUUAUGCGCAAUGGAAAUGGAAAUGUGUACAUGAUUCUAGUUCAUGCAAGCAAAGGUUCGUAUGACACAAAUUCAAUGGAGAAAACUUACAAGCAAGCGGCUGGAGAAAUUUUGAUGUUGAUAUCUUAAAAUUUGUUUACAAAAUUUGUAUUCUCGUUUUGUAUGAAUUUUAAUUUCAUUUAGUUUUUCUCCUAGAAACAACUAGAAAAGGGCCAAAGUUAGAGAACAGUCUAACUAGCAAACAAGUAUAAUAUUUAAAU